CAUUUAUCAGAGAGAGUUCCCCAAUGUGUGUGUGUGUGUGUGUGGGUGUGGGUGUGUUUGGGUUUCCUGUGUGAGGCAGGAGUGAUGCAGUGAGGAGAGUUUUGUGCUUUCCUUUGGGAGAGAGAGUUUGUGUGUGAUACUCAUGGACAGUGUGUGUUAUCCGAGCAGACCUGUUACUAUAAUUGCCGACAUAAUGGAAACAAUCUGAGUGUAAUUCCUUCUCUGUGACUUUCACACCGCACUGACAGAGAAGUGGUGCUGGCACUAAAAAAAAAAAAAAAAAAACACUACUUAGGACUGCUGUUUAAUGCUGCAAGGGGAAACUUAAAGUCAGCCAUGUUUUUCCUCCAUUUGUCCAGACUAUUUAUCUUCCAGUAGCACAGCUUCAUUAAAUGUGCCAGACUGAGCAUGUACACUCUCACACUUGAACAAUCCCUCCUCUCGGGGUGAUUUUUCUCCUGUCACUGUUGCCGCCCCACAGAGGCUAACAUAAAUAAACACAUGCCAUCACUUCAAAAAAAAAAAAAAAAAAAAAAAAAAAAAAGUCAGUGCAGAUCCCACAGUCCGGCAUUGCACGGCACCAGUCCCAACAAGGUCGUGGGACUCGUGGGCUGAAUCUGAACCAGGUCCAGGAACUGGGGGAUGGAGCUUGAAAGCUAAAGCCAGGAAAGCCUAACCUUUGACCCCCCUUGGCUGGGUCAGCUGAGGAGAUUCUGGAUUGUGAACUGGGAGAUGGUUAAUGCCUGGUUCGCUGAGCGUGUUCACACCAUCCAGCCUUCUGCCUCCAAAGAAAAUCCUCCACAGCAGCGGGCGCACCAGUCCUCAACAGACCCUGUUCCCGCCUCCACCAUCCUCCCAUCCGCCCUCAGCCUCCUGGACAACCGCUGCCCGUCCCCGGCCACGGUCCCCAGCCCGGCCCCCGGCACCCCGACUCGCAAAAUCUCAGCAUCGGAGUUCGACCGCCCGCUCAGACCCAUCGUGGUUAAAGACUCGGAGGGCUCGCUGACGUUUCUGAGCGACGCCGACCGUGAAAGCGUGCCUCUCUGGGGCUCAGGGAUGGGCGAGGGCAGUGUUGUUGGGGGCAGUGGUAAUGGAGGUGGACUCGGCGAGGCAGGUAGCGGCGGCGGGGGUGACCGCUGCACCAGGCUGCUGGAGCUGGUGAAGGACGUGUCGAGUCAUCUGGAUGUGACAGCGCUCUGCCACAAGAUCUUCCUCCACAUCAAUGAGCUGAUCGCUGCCGACCGCUACUCACUGUUCCUGGUGGGUGAGGACAGCUCCAACAGAAAGUUCUUGGUUAGCCGGCUGUUUGAUGUGGCCGAGGGAUCCACAUUGGAAGAAUCCUCUAGUAGCUGCAUCCGGCUGGAGUGGAACAAGGGCAUUGUGGGACACGUAGCUGCAACGGGCCAGGCACUCAAUAUCAAGAACGCGUAUGAGGACCCCAGGUUCAACGCUGAGGUCGACCUGAUCACCGGUUACAAAACCCAGAGUAUCCUUUGCCUGCCCAUCAAGAACCACAGAGACGAGGUGGUGGGAGUGGCUCAGGCUAUCAACAAGAAAUGUGGGGAGGACGGUGCUUUCACUGAACAGGAUGAAAAGGACUUCUCGUCCUAUUUGGCCUUUUCAGGCAUCGUCCUGCAUAACGCUCAGCUGUAUGAGACGUCGCAGCUGGAGAACAGACGCAAUCAGGUGCUCUUGGACCUGGCCAGUCUGAUCUUUGAGGAACAGCAGUGUCUGGAGGUCUUACUGAGGAAGAUCGCAGGAACCAUUCUGUCCUUCAUGCAGGCCCAGGCUUGUACUGUCUUCAUUGCUGACGAAGACUCGAUGAACUCCUUCUCCAGUGUCUUUCACAUGGAAUACGAGGAGCUGGGUGAAGUCCUAGACGCUCCCAAAAGGGACUGUGAUGUCAGUCAGAUUAACUACAUGUACGCUCAGUACGUUAAAAACACCAUGCAGCCUCUCAACAUCGCAGACGUCACCAAGGACCAACGCUUCCCCUGGACAAGUGAAAACCCAGAUCACAUCAGCAACCAGAUAAAGAGUUUGCUCUGCACCCCCAUUUGGAAUGGCAAGAAGGACAAAGUCAUAGGUGUAUGUCAGUUGGUGAACAAGAUGGAUGAAGCGUCGGGCAGCGUGAAGGCGUUCAACAGGAAUGACGAGCAGUUCCUGGAGGCAUUUGCCAUCUUCUGUGGUCUCGGCAUCCAGAACACACAGAUGUACGAAACUGUGGAGAGAGCCAUGGCAAAGCAGGAAGUCACUCUGGAGGUCCUGUCGUAUCACGCCUCCGCUGCAGAGGAAGAAUCCCGGGAACUCCAGGUAACCGCGGUCGCCACAGUUCCAUCAGCCCAGUCGUUGCGGCUUCUGGACUUCAGCUUCAGUGACUUCGACCUGUCGGACACUGAAACCACGUGGGCUACCAUCCGCAUGUUUGUGGACCUCAACCUGGUCCAGAACUUCCAGAUGAAGUACACGAGUUUAUGCCAGUGGAUUUUGAGUGUGAAGAAGAACUACAGGAAGAACGUGGCCUAUCACAACUGGAGACACGCCUUCAACACAGCUCAGUGCAUGUUCGCCCUCCUCAAGUCAGGACGCUUACAGAAUAACCUCAGCGAUCUGGAGAUCCUGGCUCUGAUGAUUGCGACUCUCAGCCAUGACCUGGACCACAGAGGAGUCAACAACUCCUACAUACAGAGGAGUGACCAUCCACUGGCCCAGCUCUACUGCCACUCUACCAUGGAGCACCACCACUUCGACCAGUGCCUCAUGAUCCUCAACAGCUCUGGAAACCAGAUCCUGAGCGGCCUCUCUCUGGACGAGUACAAGACCACUCUGAAGAUGAUCGAGAGGGCUAUUCUCGCCACUGACCUUGCCCUGUACAUGAAACGGCGAGGGGAAUUCUUUGAGCUCACCAAGAACAGCCAGUUCGUUUGGGAGGAUGAACAUCACAGAGACUUACUGAGGUCGAUGCUGAUGACUGCAUGUGACAUCUCAGCCAUCACCAAGCCCUGGCCGGUGCAAAAGAGGAUUGCAGAGCUGGUGGCCACUGAGUUCUUUGAACAGGGGGAUAAGGAGAGGCGAGAGCUGAACAUUGAGCCUAUUGACCUGAUGAAUCGUGAGAAAAGAGACAAGAUUCCCAGCAUGCAGGUGUCCUUCAUUGACGCUAUCUGUACUCAGUUAUAUGAGACCUUGGCUGGAAUGUCAGAGUAUUGCUCCCCGUUGUUGGAAGGAUGUCAGAAAAACCGGCAGCAUUGGAAGUGUUUGGCUGAGGAGUGUGAGAAGGGACUGGUCAAUGGCUUGGUGUGAUCCCACAGCCAGUUUGGCUUUUGACCAACACAAAUUCCCAGGGUUCGCCCUGUCCAAUCUGGUGUCACAAACUUUCAUGAAAUUAGCAUGAGAUACAGGAUAUGAAAAGAAAGAACAAAUAAGAUGCCUUGUGCAAGGAAAGUGACCAAAAAUAUAUCUCCCUACCAGGAAAAGAUUAUGUAGUGAAAGAACCACUAGAUUUGGUUUGAUAAGAGGGCAGAUACACUUGUCUUUAGCAAUCUUAGAGCAGGUUCAGAUCCCAACUUAUGCCAAAAGUUUUUCUAACACUUCUUAGGCCAGGAACACACUGUGUGUGUGGCAUGUGUGUGGUGGCUGAGGAACAUCGUGAUUUUCAUUUCGACACGUGUUACUGGGUAGAGCCUAUUUUUCAUGUGUAAAAUGUGAAACAUAUAUGGUGAUGUUUUCUGUCUAAAAUAAAUCAGAAAUUAAUUUAUAAUGACAAUAAAUCCAACAUUCCAGUAACCUGUAAACUCUCUGUAGAGAGACAGAGCUGCAGCAGCAGAGUGUGAACACACACACACACGUCAUUCUCCACAGCGAGUCAACGACGUCAGCCGCCACACACAUGUAACACAGGCAGUUUGUUCCUGAUGUUACACUUUCUAGCACAGAAUUCCAGUUUCUUUCAAGUUUUCUUCCUCCGCUCUUAUUUAAGUAGGUUGGUCCUUGCCAUUUGUAAUAAUUAGUGUGUACUCACCAAGUUAAUCACUCAGAUCUGGGAAUACAGCAGCAUCAAUAAACAAGACUGAGAGCCAUGAUAACAGUCAGGCACAGCAGUGCUUUGAGCUAAAUGCUAACAUAAGCAUGCAAAAUGCUAAUACACUGGGUUUAGGGUACAGUUGUGAGGUAUUGUUUAAUGUUUCCCAUGUCCAUCAUAUCAUUUUAGCAUGUUAGCAUGCUAACAUAACAUUGGACAAUUAGCACUAAAAACAAAGUACAGCUAAAAAUGAUGGGAAUGUUAUUUGCGUUUCAAGCAGGAAAUGUCAGGGACGAGCAAACUCAGCCAGAAUGUCUGCUGUAAACAUCCAUCACAGUUUGCCAGACUUGCUGAAGCAGUCGUGUAGUUGGUCACAGCGAAGGACUAUAACUAACAUUUCACUUUCAGUUUUACUCCAAAUGAAGUAGUUUCCAUGAAAUAGUUACACUUUGGUUUGUUUACAACCUGUCUGAUCAUCUCACUGCUCAUGUCUUUGUUGUAGUCAUUUCACCAUCUCCCCAGAUCUCAGUGACUUUAGGUGAGUACAUAUAACAAAUGGCCAAAACUACAAAAAAUAAGCUGUAGAACCCCUUAAUAUAAAACCUUUAAAAAAAAAAAAUUCUUAUAUCAGCUUAAUUUAGCUGUCACGUGAGAAACAGGUUUCAGAGAGUAGGCUCAUUUCAUCAAACUUUGUGAGACUUGUCUUCCUGUUGUCACCAUUCUUAUAUAGCCGUCACUCACCAGAGACAAUAACAGUCAGCACUAAGCUAUAUUUAUUACCAUAGCUCUUUUUAUUUUUGCACAGAGUGGCUUUCAUCUUGAAGUCUACCUACCUUGAAGUCUCACCUCCACUAUCUCUCAGAGGUAGUGAAUCUUAGAGGAACACUGAACGGUAAGACAGAUCCUUAGAGAUCGACGCCGUCCCAGUGGGCUACAGAUAUCGUACUUACUAUAUACUUUAAAUAGUGUCACAAUAAUCUGAUAUGCUUGUUAAAUAUGUCUUUGUUCACAGCACACACACUACAAGGGUUUGAGUCUUUUGUAACAUUUUUCACUCAUUGUCUUAACUAUUGCAUAUUUAUUUUUGUUUUAUAUAUUUAUUAGAGUUUCUAUAUUAUAAGGUCAUCCUUCCUUUUGUCGAGAGCACACAGUUCUUUAUAUAGGAAAUGUAGUUUUCAUAGUUAAAAAUAGCAUCUCUGCUUUUUUGAAGGAUCUUUCUUGGGAACAACUCUUUCAGAUGACAUUUGGAAAUGUUCUGUCUAGUGUUAUUGAGGGUUUUUUUUUUUUUUCAAAAUGUAAAAUAGCCAAAGACUAGGCCUGCAAUUUCAAAGGGAAACUGGUCUAGAUUCUUCCACUGCCUUGUUGUGAUAAAAUAGGACCAAUUCAGUUAAAAGAAAAAAAAUAUUUGUCCACAUCAAUGUGCACCCAUUAAUGCCUUCCCUCUAUAAGAGGCUGUUUUUACAUCCCAUUUUUAUAAGUGAAUGAUGGAGCAAAAUGUGGAUUAUGGACGUCCUGACCACACAGUUGGGAUUUAUUGCUUUGAUGUCACAUCCAUUUCAGCCAACAAUAGAAUGUAGUUGAAGACGGCACAGGUUUAGUUCAGGUCUAUUUGCAAUGCUUUCUGUGCCAUCACACGUCAUUCCUAUUUCCACAAAUCUGACAUGCUGGUCAGACAUCAAAAGACAUCAUGACUUAAAUUUACAAAGACCUUUCUAUCAAUCCUUAAACUCAUUGGAUUAAAUUGGUGCAUGAGACACAUUCACCACUACAUUCAGGUUUCUAUUACUACUGCAAAGCAUCAUUUUAGAAUGGAGUUGGUGAGAAGUUUUCAUCGUACAAAAUAAUUCUGAAUGUAUCUGGAAACCACUGCUGUCUAAAACUUUCUAGCAUACUACAGUUUCUUGUGACACAUGGCCAAACGUUUCAGCCCAUAGAGCAGAGGUUCCCAACCUAGUGGUUUGGACCACCAAAGGGGCCCCAAGGUAAAUCUGAGGGGUCACCACCAGCAGAAGAUUAAAGAGAUACGAGAGAAAAUAUAAUCUGUUAUAAACUAAUUAAACCAUUAACCAGUAAAACUGCUCCCUUGAAUGUCCACACCAGGACUGGGAGUUUUUUGGUCCCCAUACAAAACAAUACUUUGAUCGAUUGCUUUGAAGAAUACUGCUUUUAACUAAUAAUACUUUGCUUUGAGGAAACAAAACCCAUUUUCAGUGAAACAAAAGAAGCCAAACUUUGCCUACACAAAAUAUUUAAAUGAGCAAAUAUUCAUUCAAAGUCUAAUUAUAUCUAACUAUAUCUAUCCGAAAAGAAAUCUGACCAGCCACUCAAUGCCAGCUUUGACUGACUGAUACCCAAAGAAGUAUUCAGGUUGAAUGACCAGCUGUGAGCAAAUUUCCCCAAAAACCACUGUCGAAUUCCCUCCAGAAAAAAAUGAAUCUCCACAUGAUCCAGUGAUUCUGCUCCGUGGCGAACAGCAAACGGCUUCUAUCGGAUACAAACCAGUGGAAGACCAUAGCUGUGAGGCCGGUGUGCAUCGCCCAGUAAAACGCAUGAUUUCAUCCUCUGCUCUCAAACACCUUUUUAUGUAAUUACCAGUUUGUAGUUAGUGCAUAACAGGGUCUGAAGGUUUAUGAUAGUAAAGAUGGUGUCGGUCAUUUACUCACACUUCCGCAUUCAACUGCCUUCAUCCAGAUCACUUUACACUUUACUACUCUGUACGCACAAUAGGUGCCACCUAUGUGCAUUUUAUUACCAGUAAGAAGGAGGCCAGCCAGCUUGGUCUCAACCGAAGCACUUUUGUAGGCGCACAUGUUCAGACAGCUCAUUUGUAUCUGUGGUUGUUUUGUACUAAAAAAAAAGAAGUCUCCAGGAGUGUAGUACAUGUGCCUGUUGCCUGACCUCUGUACUUUUUCAAAAAACUAAGUAUCUAUUAUUUCCUAACUGCUUCAGUCUCUGGGUUGUUUCAGAGAAAUUUGCUUCUCUUUUUGUUUUGUUGCAUGUACAUGAGAGGGCAUUUCACCAGAGAGAACGUUUUUGGGUUUUUUUUUUUUUUUUUUUUAAGAUGAGAGAUAUGUGGGUGUCUGCUGCAGGUGAGAAAAUGUAAUAUGCUGAUAUGGUACUGUCGUGAAGAAGGUGUUCCACAUCUGCAACUCUCGACACCAGUGAACACUGUGAACCAAGUAAAUGGUAUGUCCCAUUAAAGAAUAAUGCUCAUUAUCUAUGUGUUCUGUAU